GUUCAGGAGCGGCCUUUCACGAUGUUGAAAAGAGACUAUCAACUUCGAACUGGUAAUGAUAGAUUUGAAGGUUUUGCUGUUGAUCUUAUAGCGGAAGUUGCACGGAGACUGGACUUCAGAUACCAACUUUACCUUGUCCAUGAUGGGAAGUUUGGCAGUAAAAUGGAAGGUAUUGGUAAUGAAUGGAAUGGUAUCAUUGGAGAACUGUUGGCAGGGAAUGCGACAAUGUCAGUGGCACCGUUAAGUAUCAAUUCUGAUCGAGAGGAAGUAGUAGAUUUCACCAAACCAUUCAUGACUAGAUACAUCAGUGUACUACUACGUAUACCCAGACGAGAAACUUCUUAUUUUGAAUUUUUGAAUCCUCUGUCACCUAUUGUUUGGAUCUGUACACUUGGUGCUUUCUUAAUGGUCAGUGUAGUCUUAUAUGGACUUGAACGAAUUGGUGCUAAAGCAAAGCAUCCUGCAAAAAUUUCAAUGAGAGAGAGUUUCUGGUUUAUUUUUGGCUCACUGCUUCAAGGGAAUACUGAUGCCUCUCCUUCUACUGUACCAGGUCGAAUUCUAACAAGUGCUUGGUGGUUCUUUGCUCUUAUCCUUAUUUCAUCAUACACAGCCAAUCUUGCAGCUUUCCUUACCGUGAAAAAGAUAAACACACCAAUAAAAUCCGUAACAGAUUUGGCACAGCAGACAAAAAUUAAAUAUGGAACCGUUGCUGAUAGUGGCGUCAUGUCGUUCUUUCGAAAUACCAAAAUUGAGCAUUUUGCCAAAAUGUGGGCUCAGAUGUCUGAAAUUGAACCCGAUUCAAUGGUGAAGGGUACUAAUGAGGGUUAUGCCAAAGUGAAGGAACAAGAUUAUGCAUUUUUCUGGGAUACCACUGUCAACCGAUACAAGACUAUUACAGAUUGUGAUGUCAUGGAAAUAGGUCCACCAUUUGAUCCAAAGGGCUUUGGAAUAGGUGUUCCGCCUGGUGCUACAUAUCGAGAAGAAUUGUCUAUGGCCAUUUUAAAAUUAAGUGAUACUGGUAAACUUCAUGAGCUUGAAAACAAGUAA